GGUCAUGGAAGGUUCCGUAUCUAAUGUAGAAAUAUGUAAUUUUGCCUAUUCUGGCAAGUUUGAUGAAUUAAAGAAAUGCAUCCUUUCCGAUAAAUCGUUGGCCACUAAAACGGAUCAGGAUCAAAGAACUGCACUUCACUGGGCCUGCUCGGCUGGCCACACAGACAUUGUAUCAUUUCUGUUGGAUCUCGGUGUCGAAGUCAACAUUCAAGAUGAUGCUGGCUGGACUCCUCUUCACAUCGCUGCCUCUGCAGGUCGAGAUGUAAUAGUGCAGUUCCUGAUAGCAAAGGGGGCCCAGCUGAACUCUGUCAACCAGAAUGGAUGCACACCUCUGCACUACGCCGCAUCAAAGAAUAGAUAUGACAUAGCUCGGCUAUUGCUGGAAAAUGGUGCAGACCCCAAUGCCACGGAUAAGCUGGAAUCCACUCCUUUGCACAGAGCGUCAGCCAAAGGAAACUAUCGGCUGAUUCAGCUUCUGCUUGAACAAAGCGCUUCUACAAACAUUCAAGAUUCGGAAGGAAACACUGCCUUGCACUUGGCGUGUGAUGAAGAGCGGGUGGAGGCUGCCAAGCUGUUGGUGGAGCAUGGAGCCAGCAUUUACAUCGAGAACAAGGAGGAGAAGACCCCUGUGCAGCUCGCCAAAGGAGGCAUGAGAACGCUACUGCAGAGGAUUGUGGAGGGUUGAGCCCAUCAUCUCAUCGUCUCAACUCAUGGGGAGGUAUGAGGCUGUGCAGGGGGCCCAGUGACCACAGUAGCAUCCCAUGCCGCUUUGUCACAAGGUGCCAUGCGCUGAGGAAGGACUUUGCUACUUGUAUUUGACCAUAGGAGUGAUACAGAUGAGCAAAAAAAAAGAACCCUAAAUCCAGAUUUGAAACUAAGAUGUCGACCUUAAUGUGUCAGCCGCUCCAUGAUUUUUUUUUUUUGCCUGAAAAGUUUGGAUAUGAACUUGAGCUUCUUUUAAAGAGAGUGUACUUAAUUUAGUUGUUUGUACUUAGGCAUUGUUUUAAGUAUUUUGGAUUUUUUGUCUAUUGUAAGUCCUAACUAUGUCUGUAGAUAUGUUUUGCAGUAUAGCUUUUGGCUCUUGGAUAUGUUUAAAACAUGGAUUAAUAAUAUGUUCUUUGUAUUGACCAGUUUGUGGACAUGUUUUACUUGCUUUGACCAAAAUGUAAAUAAAAUAAAAGUAAAUGA